AUGAUCAAGGAGGAUGCGGACUGUGCGGAGGAGCUUCAGGCGCUGCUCGGGAGCGGCUCGAACAAGCUGCACCGCGCCAUCAAGGGGCACAACCUCGCGCUGCUCCGCCAGCUCCUCGAGGCGGGGAAUGACAUGAGCGCGGGCAGCGUGCUGGUCGAGCUGGCCGCGGGCAGCCCAACACGACUCGGCAAGAAGGGCAAGAAGAAGAAGAAGAAGGGCGGAGGAGCGGGCGCGGCUGGGCCGUCGCAGGCGCCCGAGGUGCCGGGGGAGGGCACCGAGACGCCGGUGGAGGGCACCAAGGCGCCGUCGGAGGCAGCUGCAGCCGAGGCCGCAAAGAAGGCCGAGGAGGAGAGAAUGAUCAGGCUUCUCGAGAAGUGUCACGAGGAGCGGAUCCGAGCAGCGUUGGAGGAGGCCAAGGCGGCUGUUGCCGAGGGCGAGACGGCGCUCGAGCAGGCGGUCGCCGCAACCGAGGCGAGGCUUACUGCCGUGGCCGCUGCGCGGGCCAAGGCGGCCGCAGCUAGGAUGGCUGCGGAUGCGGCUGAGGCGUGA